AUGGACAUCAGAAAGUUGUCUUCUCUAUUAUUAUCCUUUUUGUUUUUAGCAUUGGCUUUCAUACCCUGCGCGAUAACCACCAACAUCACCACUGAUCAGUCCUCUCUUCUUUCUUUGAAAUCCUACACCAGUUUAAGUUCCAGCCAUACAUUGGCAAACAACUGGUCAAUCAGUGCUUCUAUUUGCAACUGGAUUGGAGUUGUUUGCGGAUCCAAACACCAUAGAGUGGUCGCAUUAGACAUAUCAACUAUGGGUAUUGUGGGUACCCUUCCUCCACAAUUAGGCAACCUCUCAUUUCUUGUUUCUCUUAACAUAAGUCACAACAGUUUCUAUGGAAAUUUGCCUAGAGAGUUAGCCAGCCUACGCCAACUACAAUACAUAGAUUUUGGUUAUAAUAAUUUUAGUGGAAAAAUUCCAGAGGAGAUCAGCAAUCUUGAGAAUGCAAAAUGGUUGAUAUUGGAAGUUAACCAACUUGAUGGUCCUAUCCCCUUCACCAUCUUCAACAUUUCCACAUUACAAAAUUUGGUCCUCAACAAUAAUGGCUUAUCUAGCUCUCUUCCGAUGAAGCUCUGUCAACAUGCUACAAGACUCAAAGUGCUUCGCCUAUCUUACAACAAGUUGAGUGGUGAUUUUCCAAAGAAUUUAUCAGGUUGCUCAGAACUUGAACAAUUGCGGUUGAGUAACAACAGUUUUGACGGGAAUAUUCCGAGCGAGAUUGGAAGCUUAAAUAUGCUUCAGGUUUUAGCCCUCGGCAAUAACGACUUAGAAGAAUUUAUUGUCAGCUUGGGUAUUGAAUUGGCAAGUGAAAUACCAAGAGAUAUUGGGAGCUUGAAUAUGCUUCAGAUUUUAAGCCUGGGUAAUAACAACUUAGAAGGAAUAAUACCUGAAACAAUAUUUAAUAUUUCUGCACUAGUUAUUAUACGCAUGGAAAACAACAAUCUAUUUGGUGUUCUCCCACCAAAUAUGUGUUCACACCUUCAAAAGCUUGAAAAACUAUCCUUGUAUACAAACAAGAUAUAUGAUAACAUUCCAAAGAGUAUAGGUGAAUGCUCUUCACUUAAACACCUUCAUAUGUCGAAGAAUCGGCUAAAUGGGUGGUUGCCAAGACAGAUUCAGAAUUUGACAAUGCUAGAGAGUCUUGAUUUUGGUGGCAAUUCUUUGUCAGGUAUGGACAAUGGAGCUCUUUUCUUAAUUGUUUUGCACUCUUAA